AUGUCACUCUCGGCUUCUGGCAUUGAAUUACCAUUUCGUCAAAGUGUUGCAAAAAUUCCAUCAAAUCGAACAGCUCAGGAUUUAACUAUAAUUAAUGCUUAUUUAAAACAUUUGGAAGCAUUAUCAACACUACGUGAAUCACAUAUACGCAAUUUGUGUAAAACAAUUCGCUAUAAAAUAUAUGAUGCUGAUCAUGUUUUAUUCAGUCGUGGCGAUUUGAAUACCUGUUGGUAUAUACUUCUAUCUGGCUCUGUUUUUAUCGAGUCUACAUUGUAUUUACCACGAGCUAGUUUUGGCAAACGAACUUCAACUAAUCAAUAUCGAAUGAAUGAAUGUGUUAUAUUAGAACAAUCUGAGUUACUCAUUAUUGAUUAUCCAUUAGAAAAUAAAGAAUCAUUGAUGCGAAUCGAAAGUGAAAAUAAUCAAGAACAAGAACAAGCAAUAGCAGCUAUGCUUGAUGAUGAAGAACAAACAACGAUGACACUUCAUCGAAAAAAAAGUUCACGUGUUCGACAGCGGUCUGUAACAGUUAGUAAUACAAAUGAUAUACAUUCACCAAUGAUACGUAGUUCACAUUCACGUGCUAGUGACACAUCAAGUGCCUAUUCAGGCUCAGAUAUUAUGCAAUCAUCAACAAAUGGUGAUGAUUGUUUAUUAGUAAAUAAUGAAACUGAUGAUGAAUCUGAUGCAUCAUCUGAAUCAUUUCCAAUGUAUGAUUUUAUACGAGAAUCUUUAAUGAAAGAACCUAAUGAAAGAACAGAUGAUGAUAUUGAAAGUAUUCUUGAAUUUCUUCUUCAUUUUCCAGCAUUUGCAGAUUUUACUCUACAUGUACGACGUGAACUAUGUAAAGUACUUGUUUAUGCACAUGUUGAAAAAGCUCAAACCAUUGUUAUGAGUGAUGAUGAACGUUAUGAUUCAUGGUCAGUUAUUAUAAAUGGUAUUAUUGAUGAUGAAACAAUUGAUGGACAAUUAGUACGUACAUUAACUGUUGGUGAAAAUUUUGGUUGUGGUCCAACAUUAGAUCAUUAUUAUCAUAAAGGUAUUAUGAAAACACGUGUUGAUAAUUGUGAAUUUGUUGUUGUGGCACAAAAUGAUUAUUAUGCAAUAUUAAAUCAAGGUGAAAAAAAUAUUCGAAUUGAAGAAAAUGGAAAACUUGUUAUGAUUAAAGAAAUACGUGUUGAUGAUGAAGAACAAAGAAUUCCACGAGAAAUUGUUAUUAAGGCAACAACAGAAAAAUUACUUGAUUUACUUGUUGAUGAACGUCAAUUAAUUGAUGAUCCAAAUUUUGUUGAAGAUUUUCUUCUUACUUAUCGAACAUUUAUUAAUGAUCCAAUCAUAAUAACAAAUAAAUUACUUGAAAAUUUUCAUAAUACUAAUAAUUCAACAUCACCUGAACAUAUAGCACGUAUUGUUUUAUCAUGGGUUAAUAAUCAUUAUAAUGAUUUUGAAUCGAAUACAAAAUUAUAUGAAUUUCUUGAAAAAUUUCAUGAUUGCUUACAACAUCAUGUCCAUGAAUAUAUGAUAUCAUGGAGACAUUUACUUAAUUUAGCUUGUUUUACAAAAGCUAGUAUACGUACAAUAAUUAUAACACGAUCAACACGUGAUGAUCCAUUAAAUUUUAAAAUACUUGGAGGAAGUGAUACAUCUAUAAAUAAUGGAAUAUUUGUAUCAAAAGUUGAACCAAAUUCUAAAGCUUAUGAAGUUGGAUUACGUCGAGGUGAUCAGAUUCUUAGUGUAAAUGGACAAUCUUUUGAUUAUCUUACAAAUGCUCGUGCAUUGGAAAUUCUUCGUAAUACAACUCAUUUAUCAUUAACAGUAAAGAAUAAUCUUAUGGGCCUUCAUGAAAUUGAUAAUCCAGAAAAAUCACCUACUCGUAAAAAACGUCAUGAUAUAUCCUUAUAUGAACAAGAAAUUCGAAAUAAACUCAAUGGUUCAUCACCAAUACGUUCUCGUUUAUUAACACCAUCAUCAUCACCUAAUCUAAGCCAUAGUCCAACAGAUUCUCGUCAUCAAUCACAAACACCAUUAAUAGCAAUAACACCAACAAAAGAUAAUCAAACAAAUUCCGAUAAAAUUAAACCACGUCCAUUAACUAAACGUAUAGGUUUGAAACGAACUGUUAUGCAAAAAUUAAAAAUUACAAAAAAUAACAGGUAA